UCCUGCCCCAGCACGAAGCACAUCCGCUGCUUGACGAAGCCCAACGACGGGGAGGAAGAGAAGCUGACAAUGUCCGCCGACAACAUUUGCUUCUAAACGCCGUCUGCGUCCACCUCCGGCGGGGGGGAUUAUCACCGAAGCGUCGGCGGGACACAACGUCGUCGAAAGCCGUACUUCUCGCGGCUGGAACGGAACCGAAGAGGACGAGCGACUGCUUCUUUCUCCUCGUCUCCGGGAGCACGCCAACAUGGGACGAGAGUGAAGCGAAGAUGGAGGUGUGACGGCGGGGAGGGAGACCAAGGUGACACACGACCACUCCUCCUGCGGCCAUGGCGGGCCUCAAACGUCACCACGACGGGAAGAUCGCCGGGCUGUACGACCUGGACAAGACGCUGGGGCGCGGCCACUUCGCCGUGGUCAAGCUGGCGCGUCAUGUCUUCACCGGAGAACGGGUGGCGGUGAAGGUGAUCGACAAGACCAAGCUGGACCCGGUGGCGCGGGGUCACCUUUUCCAGGAGGUGCGUUGCAUGAAGCUGGUGCAGCACCCCAACGUGGUGCGCCUUUACGAGGUCAUCGACACGGCCACCAAGCUCUACCUCAUCCUGGAACUGGGCGACGGCGGGGACAUGUACGACUGCAUCAUGAAGCACGAAGGAGGCCUGACCGAGGAGGUGUCCAAGUGUUACUUCGCCCAGAUCGUGCACGCCAUCUCCUACUGUCACCGGCUGCACGUGGUGCACAGGGACCUGAAGCCUGAGAACGUGGUGUUCUUCGAGAAGCAGGGUGUGGUCAAGCUCACCGACUUUGGCUUCAGCAACAGGUUCCAACCAGGGAAAAAGCUCAACACGUCUUGCGGCUCGCUGGCCUACUCGGCUCCAGAGAUCCUACUGGGGGAUGAAUACGACGCGCCGGCUGUCGAUAUCUGGAGCCUGGGCGUCAUCCUCUUCAUGCUGGUGUGCGGUCAGCCACCCUUCCAAGAGGCCAACGACAGCGAGACGCUGACCAUGAUCAUGGACUGCAAGUACACCGUGCCAGCACACAUCUCAGCCGCCUGCAAAGAUCUCAUCGGUCACAUGCUGCAGCGAGACCCCAAGAAGCGAGCGACUCUGGAGCAGAUCGAGAGCCACGAGUGGCUUCAAGGCGUGGACCCGUCCCCGGCCACCAAGAUGUCCACGCCGCUUGUGUCUCACCGCAGCCUGUUGGAAGAAGAGCACGGCUCCAUCAUCCAGCGAAUGGUGCUGGGGGGCAUCGCCGACAGAGAUGCCAUCACUGAGGCGCUGGAGUCGGACCAGUACGACCAGAUCACCGCCACCUACUUCCUGCUGGCCGAGAGGAUGCUGAGGGAUCGACAGGAGAAGGAGCAACACAGCCAGACUCGCUCGCCCAGCCCCAGCAAGGCCCACUUCAGGCAGUCUUGGCCCACCAGAGUGGACGUCCACCAGGACGUCAGCGACGGUUUGGGCGGUCCGGCCAUCUCACACCCCGGGGGGCCUCAGUCCCCCGCCCGCAGUGCCGAGAGCCUCCACAAGGGCCCCCGGCCCAAAACGGCCCUGCCCGACCUGAGUCAGAGGCAGGACCAGGACAAGGGUCUGCGGCCUGUGUCCAAGCACUCUCUGAGACUGAGCUCGGGGGGGCCCGGCAAGACCCGCAGCCCCAGCCUUUUUAGCGUGGAGGAGGGGGAGGAGGAGGAGGGGGAGGAGCGCCGCCUGUCCCCCUCCUGUGGCUCCGCCCAAGUGGUGCUGCGCUGCAAAGCCUCCUCCACCCGCACCCGCCUGACGUCCCGCAUGAGCGCCCCCGUCCUCAAUCAGAUCCACGAGGAGGAGAGAGGGGAGGAGGAUGAAGAGGACUUGACCAGAACCAGCCUCAGCCUCAAACUCAACUCCAGACUUCCCUCCCCCGACGCCGACGCCCUGACCCCGGACCGCUCGGAGACCGGCGGCGGCGACGACGACGACGACGACACGGAGAGCGUUCGCUUGUCGGACGCCGCCGGGGACGGGGUGGCUAACGAGGAUGGCGAGAAAUGUGGGGCGGGCCCGGGAAGCCCCUCCCACUGCACCAGUCCCGGGUCAGCUUCUGGCCAAGGGAAAGGCUCAACCAAAAGUUCCAGUGGCCUGGUCGAAAGCCUCAAACUGAUGAGCUUGUGCCUCAGCUCUCAGUUCCACAACCUGACCGGCAGCGCCGGAGUCGGGACGCCCGGGAACGGCGCGGGCGGCAUCGGCGGGGACCCUCAGGAGCGCCCCGUGUGGAGGAUGUGCGUGGGCGGAUCCACGGGCAGCCUGGAUAAAGUUUCUCUUCUGGGGGGGCCGUCUCCCCGGGGGAACCUCUACCAGCAGCCGCCCCCUUUAGGGGAGGCCCUGGUGGACCCGCUGCUGGAGGGCUCCUGCUCGGGGACGCUGAUGCUGGGGGAACUGGACCUGGCCCGGGAGAACCACAGGAACAUGAAGAACCGAGCCCUGCAGAUGAGUGACAAGACUCUGGCCGUCAACAUGCACCGUGGCCCCAAGGAGGGGCUCCUCUGCACCCCCACCCCCCACAGCUGCUGCCAGGUCAUCUAGGGGCCACCCACACAACAUGCACUAUCACAUUCUCACAUUCACAACAUGGACUACCACAUACAUACACAACAUGGACUAUCACUUACACAACAUGGACUAUCACUUACACAACAUGGACUAUCACAUACACAACAUGCACUAUCACAUUCUCACUUUCACAACAUGGACUAUCAUAUACAUACACAACAUGGACUAUUGCAUACACAACAUGGACUAUCACAUACACAACAUGCACUAUCACUUACACAACAUGGACUAAGACUACCACAUAAAUACACAUGGACUAUCACUUACACAACAUGGACUAUCACUUACACAACAUGGACUAUCACAUACACAACAUUGACUAGCACAUACACAACAAGGACUAUCAAAUACAUACACAACAAGGACUAUCAAAUACAUACACAACAUGGACUAUCACAUACUCACAUUCACAACAUGGACUAUCACAUACAAACACAACAAGGACUAUCACAUACACAACAUGGACUAUCACAUACAUACAUACACAACAUGGACUAUCACAUAAACGACAUGGACUAUCACAUUCACAACAUGGACUAUCACAUACACAACAUUGACUAUCACAAACAUACACAACAUGGACUAUCACUUACACAAUAUGGAGUAUCGCAUACAUACACAACAUGGACGAUCACAUACAUACACAACAUGGACGAUCACAUAUAUACACAACAUGGACUAUCACAUACACAACAUGGACUAUCACUUAAACAACAUGGACUAUCACAUACACAACAUGGACUAUCAGAUACACAACAUGGAUUAUCAUAUACACAACAUGGACUAUUAGAUACACAACAUGGAUUAUCAUAUAUACAACAUGGACUAUUAGAUACACAACAUGGACUAUCACAUACACAACAUGGAUUAUCAGAUACACAACAUGGACUAUCACAUACACAACAUGGACUAUCACAUACACAACAUGGAUUAUCACAUACACAACAUGGACUAUCACAUACACAACAUGGACUAUCACAUACACAACAUGGACUAUCACAUACACAACACGGACUAUUAGAUACACAACAUGGAUUAUUAUACACACAUUGGACUAUUAGAUACACAACAUGGAUUAUUAUACACACAACAUUGACUAUUACAUCCCAGCACUUGUUUUAGUCCUUUGACAUUAUUUGCCAAGCUAUGACUGAAGUUCAUGGAACCCUUAAGAGAUCCUUCACAAAUGUCUAAAUAAUAUACAUAUCUUCAUAAAUUAUAUUUUGAAAAAAUAUUUUAAUAUUUAGGCCAGUACGUUUACAUAACUACUGUUUUUUUUAAUUUGGGGAAAGAAAAGAUGUCCAUUUUAAAAAGUGUGUAAAUUAUUAGACUCAUUAUUUAGCAGAAAACUGCUCCUAAAUAUAUUCUAAACCUGAAUAGCAACCAUGUAUCAUUUUAGAAAACUAAAAUGUCUAACAUUUUCUGCAUGCUUUGGAUGGGGAAAAAGCUUUUUGAAAAUGAAUUAAUCCAAAUUGUAACAUCAAGAAUUGUUUUUUUUUUCUUUUUAAAUAAUGUGGUGUCUCAAAUGGCAGGUGAGGAACAAACUUGGUGUCACAUUGGCAUUUUAAGAUCAUUUAAUUGUCUAAAAUGUUUAUAUAUAUAUAUAUAUAUAUAUAUAUAUAUAUAUACAUAUAUAUACCAUACCGUAUUUCCUUGAGUUGUCGCCGGGGCACUAAUUAAUUUAAAACCUCUUCUCACUCCGGCACUUACCAAAGGCAUGCGGUAAAUUUAGGCCUGCGCUUAUAAAUUUGAAUGUGAUGUAAAGAUGCCAUCAUGAAAAGUACAUUUAAAAAAAAAAUAUUACGGUCUUACCUUGACUUAUAAAUGAAGUCCAUGCGCAGCUCCUUCUGAUCAAAAGCAUCGAUAACUUGUUUAUAGAAGUCUUCCUUAUCUUUCUUCAGUUUUAAAAGUCUCUCUGUCUCGAUGGAGAUCUUCCUUUAUUACCUCCUGCUUCGAUUGAAAGUCCAGAUUAGAAAACUGUUUUAUUUUAGAUAUGUAAUCCUCCAUGUUAAAAGUGCAAGCGGGAGGAAAAAAAUAAACGAUCGCUGCUCACUCUUGCUGCUUGUUGUCACUUCUUCUGCAGCCGAGUAGUCGCAAGAAGGAUCACUAGCGCCCUCUACCACCAGGAGGCGAGAGUCAUUUAAUGACUCAUAUUUGACACACGCAGCUACGGUAUAUUAAUAAAACAGCUGCUUAUUGUUCUUUUUAGCAUAUUCAAUAGCUUGGACCUUAAAUCCUACUGAAUAGCUCUUAAUCUUUUUCCCUUUAUGUGAUUUCAAAUGAUUGAAAUCAGCCUCCUCCAUUUUGAAAAUGAUGACAGGUGAAGUGUCACUCGUGACGUGACGAGUUUGACCCGGUGGAAAUUCUAGACAUGCGCUAAUUAAAAUAAUAUUUUGCAAAACGAGUUUGACCCGGCGUUAAUCCUGAGCCGGCGGUAAUCCUAAACAUGCGCUAUUUAUUUUGCGAAACGAGUUUGACCCGGCACUAAUUCUAGGCAGGCGCAUACUAUAUACCUGGCGGCAAUUCAAGGAAAUACGGUAAAUGAUUUGUCUGUCUUAAGAAAACAAGGUGUGCCUGUUUAAAUUCUUAUUUCUUUGUAAAGUCUCAUUUUAAGAAGCAAGGCCAGAAACAAUUACAGUGUUCAUUUGUAUUAACCAGGCCAGAGUUUGGUCAGCGCCCCCUACAGGACCCCCUGUCAGCUGCAAUACACUUUUCCACCACUUGUGGCAGUAACCACACAAUCAAACAGAAGAAGUCCGGUGCUAAAGUCAGAGAGAAGUUCCCUAAGCGCAAAAAUGAGGACUAAAGUGGUGAAUCUGCAUUUUCAUUUGCACUCAAAUUGUAUGGACAGUUUAUUUAAGAAACAAGAGUAAAAUAUGACUUAAUUCUGUGGUACUAUUGGACUCGGCCCCGGUCCCCUCUGUAGUGGAAAUUUGGGCCCCGGGGUCAAAAAGAUCAAGAACCCCUGAAAUACAAAAUCAUGGAUGCUGAUUGGGUGGAAAGUUCCAUACUUGAUAUCACCAACUUACCCAGGAUCUCUUUAUGGUUCAUGAACCUAUUUUCUAGUCUCAUGCCUUUAGUUAGUGAUGUACAACAUGACUUAGGUUAGUGAUGUACAACAUGACUUAGGUUAGUGAUGUACAACAUGACUUAGGUUAGUGAUGUACAACAUGACUUAGGUUAGUGGUGUACAAUAUGACUUAGGUUAGUGAUGUACAACAUGACUUGAGAUAGUGAUGUACAACAUGACUUAGGUUAGUGAUGUGCAACGUGACUUAAGUUAGUGAUGUACAACAUGACUUAGGUUAGUUAUUUACAACAUGACUUGAGAUAGUGAUGUACAGCAUGACUUAGGUUAGUUAUUUACAACAUGACUUGAUAGUGAUGUACAACAUGACUUACGUUAGUGAUGUACAACAUGACUUAGGUUAGUGAUGUUCAACAUGACUUAGGUUUGUGAUGUACAACAUGACUUGAGAUAGUGAUGUACAACAUGACUUGGGUUAGUGAUGUACAACAUGACUUGGGUUAGUGAUGUACAACAUGACUUGGGUUAGUGAUGUACAACAUGACUUAGGUUAGUGAUGUACACCAUGACUUGAGAUAGUGAUGUACACCAUGACUUGGGUUAGUGAUGUACAACAUGACUUGGGUUAGUGAUGUUCAACAUGACUUAGGUUUGUGAUGUACAACAUGACUUGAGAUAGUGAUGUACAACAUGACUUGGGUUAGUGAUGUACAACAUGACUUGGGUUAGUGAUGUACAACAUGACUUAGGUUAGUGAUGUACACCAUGACUUGAGAUAGUGAUGUACACCAUGAUUUGGGUUAGUGAUGUACAACAUGACUUAGGUUAGUUAUGUACAACAUGACUUAGGUUAGUGAUGUGCAACAUGACUUGAGAUAGUGAUGUACAACAUGACUUAGGUUAGUGAUGUUCAACAUGCCUUGGGAUAAUGAGGUACAACAUGACUUGGGUUAGUGAUGUACAACAUGACUUGAGAUAGUGAUGUACACCAUGCCUUAGGUUAUUGAUGUACAACAUGACUUAGGUUAGUGAUGUACAACAUGACUUAGGUUAGUGAUGUUCAACAUGCCUUGGGAUAAUGAGGUACAACAUGACUUGGGUUAGUGAUGUACAACAUGACUUGAGAUAGUGAUGUACACCAUGCCUUAGGUUAUUGAUGUACAACAUGACUUAGGUUAGUGAUGUACAACAUGACUUAGGUUAGUGAUGUACAACAUGACUUAGGUUAGUGAUGUACACCAUGCCUUAGGUUAAUGAUGUACAACAUGACUUAGGUUAGUGAUGUUCAACAUGUCUUAGGUUAGUUAUUUACAACAUGACUUGAGAUAGUGAUGUACAACAUGACUUUGGUUAGUGAUGUACAACAUGACUUAGGUUAGUGAUGUACAACAUGCCUUAGGUUAGUGAUGUACAACAUGCCUUAGGUUAGUGGUGUACAACAUGACUUAGGUUAGUGAUGUAAAAAUGUAAAUAUAAGUAGAAGACUACACCCUUCUUCCCUUCCUCAUGGACUUCUGCACCCCCACUUGAAGGCACUCCCCUGGGGAGACAUGACUCGUGUACACACAUGUGGACACACGUGUACAUACAUGUUAACUCAUGUACACACACGUGUACACACGUUUACAUACAUGUUAAUUCAUGUACACACGUGUACAAAACAAAAAAUGGCAGCUCCUGUGUUAAACAUUUGAAAAGGGAAAGUCCAGAGUGACAAUGGGAAUGAAGCAAGCCGCCGUUGUCGCAUCAUUCCCAACUACAGUGACGCCUUCCUGACGUCACGCGUCGCUGUGUGGAAAUUGGACCUGUGACUUGCCCUCAUGGAAUAUAUAUGUAUGUAUAUGUUUGUAUAUACUGUAUACAUAUAUAUGUUAUACAUGUAUGUAUGUAUGUAUGUUUGUAUACAGUGCCCUCCAAAAGUAUUGGAACAGUGAGGCCAGUUUCUUUGUAUCUGUUGUAGACCAGGGGGGUCCAAAGUGCGGCCUGCAGGUAAUUUAAGGGCCCCACGGUAUAUUUUAAAAAUACGAUCGCAACAUUUUUAAAACGUAAAAAAGUGAUAUAAAGGAGCUAACGGGUGAAAUGUAACAAGAAAAUGUUGCAAUGUUUACUAACACUAAGCUGGCAUGCAGGCUGUUUCUUUCUUUAAAAAAUAAUAAUGAAUCAAAAUCAAUGUCAUGAAUUAUUGACCUGCAGUAUAGCUCGGUUGGUAGAGUGGCCGUGCCAGCAACUUGAGGGUUCCAGGUUCGAUUCCCGCUUCCGCCAUCCAAAUGUACCCCUGCUUGCGAUCCACCCGCCACUGCGCGGUAACACACAACAACAGCAGUCACGUUUUCGUCUACCGUAAACAGCAAUGUUGCAACACUCUAAAAUGGGGUGGCAUAGCUCGGUUGGUAGAGUGGCCGUGCCAGCAACUUGAGGGUUCCAGGUUCGAUUCCCGCUUCCGCCAUCCUAGUCACUGCCGUUGUGUCCUUGGGCAAGACACUUUACCCACCUGCUCCCAGUGCCCCCCACGCUGGUUUAAAUGUAACUUAGAUAUUGGGUUUCACUAUGUAAAGCGCUUUGAGUCACUAGAGAAAAGCGCUAUAUAAAUAUAAUUCACUUCACCUAUUCAAGGCUCCAAUUACGUCACAUUAAAUAUUGUACUUUGAGAUAUUUUUUUGGGGGAAAAUUUUGCAUAUUUUGUGUUUGCCAUAUAAAAAACUGAGCUGUUAUUUUAAAGAAGGGCCUAAAAUGAACAAACAAAAAACAUAAACAACAAUAAAACUUAUAACUGACUGAUGGAUAUGAAGUUGAUCUCUAGAUUAUUGUGUUAAAAGAAAAUAUUUUUUUUUCUUAACACUUUAAUGAGUAGGACACUUUUGGACCCGUAAUCAUUUUAGUGUGAUUUGUUUUUAAGUGUCAUUGCUCCAAAAAUAAUAAUGAAUUAAAAUCAAUGGUGUUAUUACUUAUUGACUUUUCUAAGGCUCCAAUUAUUAUAUAAUCUCAAAUAUUGCACUUGUAAAAAAUAUUGGGUGAUAAUAUUGCAUAUUUUGUGUUUUUUUUCCAUCAAAAAACAGGGUUUUCGUUGACAAAAAGAGCAUACAACUUAAAUCUUUAAAAUAAUUUUAUUGACAGAUAGACCUAAUGUUGAUCUGGAGAUUUAAAACUUGAAUAAUAAUAAUAAAACUAAAUAAUACUGAAUAAUUACACAUUUUUAAUAUUUUUUUGACCAAAACCCUUUGCUAGAGUGGAGGCCUAAAUGUAUAUUGUAUUGGUUUUUAAAAUAAAAAUUAUGAAAAUGGCCCCGCUUGCUUUGAUUUUUCAGUCAGCGGCCCUCAGUGGAAAAAGUUUGGACACCCCUGUUGUAAACUGAACAUAUUUGGGUUUGACAUGAAAAGAUGAAUAUGAGACAAGAGAUCAUCAACAUUUCAUCUUGUAUUCCCAGGUAUUUACAUCUGGAUCUGCUACACAACUUAAGAGAACUUAAUUGUAAUGGAACGCAACAUUUUUAGGUGAGCAAAAGCAUCGGAACAUAAAAAGUUCAAAUAAAAGAAAGUGAGUAAGACUUCAUAUUUAGUUGCCAAUCCUUUGCUUGCAUUAAGUGCAUCAAGACCGGCAGCCAUACUUGCCAACCCUCCCAGAUUUUCCGGGAGACUCCCCAAAUUCAGCGCCUCUCCCGAAAACCUCCCAGGAAAAACGUUCUCCCGAAAAUCUCCUGUAAUUCACGCCCCCUCCAGCUCCAUGCGGACCUUAGUGAGGACAGCCUGUUUUCACGUCCGCUUUCCCACAAUGUUAUUGGUUUCUUAUGUUGGUUUAUUGUUAGGCCGUUUCAUUAACGUCCUCCCAGCGCGGUAACAACACACAACGACAGCAGUCACGUUUUCGUCUACUGUAAAGCAGUUCGUCGGCCGUAAACAGCAAUGUUGUGACACUCUUAAACAGGACAAUACUGCCAUCUACUGUACAUGCAUAUGGUUAGAAAAAUAGUGACAGAGAAUAGAACAAGGAUGGACAAUUCAACCCUUAACUCAACAAUAAGUAGAUGACUUAUGUGUGUGUAUAUGUGUAAAUAAAUGAACACUGAAAUUCAAGUAUUAUAUAUAUAUAUAUGAAAUACUUGACUUGGUGAAUUGUAGCUGUAAAUAUACUCCUCCCCUCUUAACCACGCCCCCCACCUGCUGGAAUCGGAGGUCUCAAGGUUGGCAAGUAUGCUUUGGAGACACCUGGGCAACAAAACACAUGUUCCAACGCUUUUGCUCUCCUGAAAAAUGGGUGUGUUGAAACAAAAGGUGCUAUCUUCUAAGUCAGGGGUGUCAAACUCAAAAUACAGAGCGGGCCAAAAUUUAAAACUGAACAAAGCCGCGGGCCGAGGUUGAACAAAUUAACCUUUUAAUAGGGACCCCAACAA